AUGCCUGUAGAAUGUGAAUUAUGGUCCGAAUUCUCUGCAGUCAUGUUUGCCAUCGACCCAGUUUCGGUACUCCUGUCUGUUGUUCUAGUCCUAUUACUGAUUAAUAUUUACAGUGACUGGAAGAGAUCUUUAUACAAGAAGUUUCCUCCUGGACCGAAAAAGUUUCCUCUGAUUGGCAAUAUGCACAUUCUGCUCACCAGUAAACUAAGGCCACAUCAAACUUUUCAAAAGCUGUCAAAGAAAUAUGGACCAAUAUUCAGCAUGCAGAUGGGAUUUAAAAAAGUUGUUGUACUGUGUGGCUAUGACGUGGUAAAAGAUGCCCUUGUAAACCAUGGUGACGUGUUUUCAGAGAGACCCAUCAUACCAGCGAUUGAGGAAACCACAAAAGGACGAGGUAUAAUCUUUGCUCAUGGUGAAAACUGGAAAGUGAUGAGAAGAUUUACCCUGUCGGCUCUGAGAGAUUUUGGUGUUGGAAAGAAAAUAAUUGAAAACACAAUUAUUGAAGAAUGUGACGCAUUGGUGGACGUCUUUAAAUCCUACAAUGGCCAGCCAUUUGAAGACACAUCCUUGAUGCAUGCUGCUGUAGCCAAUGUCAUUGUGUCCAUUCUACAUGGCCACCGCUUUGACUACAACGAUCCCACAUUUGAAAAGCUCAUUUGGAUGGUUAAUGCAAAUAUAAGGUUUUUUGCAAGUCCCAUGGUUGUGCUAUCAGAGAAAUAUGGCUCAGUAUUCACUAUUCAUCUAGGAUCAGAGACUAUUGUUGUCCUCUGUGGUUAUGAGACAGUGAAGGAUGCUCUUGUUAAUCAUGCGGAGACAUUUGCUGCAAGACCCAAAAUAAAACUGUUUGAAGAAAUCUCAAACGGACAUGGUAUUGUUUUUUCCAGUGGUGAAAACUGGAAGGUAAUGCGAAAAUUUACUCUUUCGACACUCCGAGAUUUUGGAAUGGGAACAAAAAAAAUUGAAAACAAAAUAUAUGAAGAAUGUGACUCAUUAAUUGAAAAGUUUUGCUCAUUCAAUGGAAAGUCUUUUGAUAAUAAGUCGAUAAUAACUGCAGCUGCAACCAAUAUAAUUGUGUCUAUACUUCUCAAUAAGCGUUUUGAAUAUGAGGAUCCAACAUUUUUGAGACUCUUGCACUUAAUGGAUGAAAAAAAAAGACACCUGGGAAGCUGGAUGUCAUUGUUGUACAACGCAUUCCCAUCUUUAUUGCGCUGGUUUCCUGGAAGCCAUAAAGCCAUCUUUAAAAAUGUUGCUGAGCUGGAGAACUUCAUCAGAGAGGCAUUCAGAUUUCAAAGGGAUCGAUUAGAUACAAAUGACCAAAGAAGCCUUAUUGAUGCAUUUCUUGUCAAGCAACAAGAGGAGAAACCUAGUCCUGAAAUAUAUUUCCAUGACAGGAACCUUACAAAGCUUGUGACCGAUUUACUUUUUGCUGGAAUGGAGACGGUCGCUGUAACGCUGCAAUGGGGUCUUCUGCUAAUGAUGAAAUACCCAGAAAUUCAAAAAAAGCUACAAAAUGAAAUAGAGGAAGUGGUUGGAUCAGCCCAACCUCAGACAAAACAUCGCAAAGAAAUGCCUUAUACUUAUGCUGUUAUUCAUGAAAUCCAGAGGUUUGCCGAUAUUGCACCGAGUAACAUUCCACAUGCAACCACUCAAGAUGUCACACUCAAAGGACAUUUUAUACCAAAGGGUACCCAUGUUCUUCCAUUACUAACAUCUGUACUGAAAGAUAAGGCUCACUUUGAGAACCCAGACUACUUUUUCCCUGAGCAUUUUCUUGACUCUGAAGGAAAUUUUGUGAAAAAAGAAGCAUUUAUACCUUUCUCCGCAGGUCGAAGAAGUUGUGCUGGAGAGAAUUUAGCAAAAAUGGAGUUGUUCCUGUUUUUCACGCGACUACUGCAGAAAUUCACUUUCCAGCCCCCACCUGGAGCAGAACUUGAUCUCACCCAUGAGGAUGGUAUAGCCACUAGUCCAAAACCCUAUCACUUGUGUGCAAUACCUCGAAACUAG